ACAUCGAACAUUCUCUCGUAUCACUAGUCACCAUGUCCGAAAACCAGAACCAAACUCAGAACCAAGAGCCUAGCAAACUCUCUGGUCAGUUCCAUUCCACGAAGGGAUCGAUUGUCGAGGCGAUCGGGGAUGCAACCGGCGCACCGUCGUGGUCGCAGUCAGGAAAAGAAGAGCAUGCCCGCGGUGAGGGGGAGUACAUGGCCGCCCAAGCCGAGGGCUAUGCACAAGGUUUAACAGACAGAGUUGGGGGGUAUAAAGACUCUGUCCUUGGUGCAGUCUCCGGUGAUAAGGAUCAGCAAGUGAAGGGCAAUGCACGGAACGAGAAGGGUCAGACCCAGCAAGAGUUCAAUAAACCACAGUGAACCGGAUGAACCCUCCGUCAAUAUUGGGGGGAAUGUACCUUCCUGCAUUUUAUCGGUGGCCAUCUGUUCUACCUACGGACUCGUCUUUAAUCGAUUUCCUCGAAACAGAACUUGCAGGGCGUAUGUAGCUUUCCUUUUCUCGUCUAGACGGAGUUUCGUUGAAUAGAAAGACUCCUGUCUUUUUUGGGGUUCGUAACAUGCACAAUCUUCGCUGAGGAUAACUCCCGUACCACCACCGUAUGUGGC